UUUUUUAAUCGAAGAAUGGAGUUAUACUCUUUGUAUGCGAGCAAGCGGUUCAACGGUAAGCGGAAUUCUACCGAGAGCAAACAUGUCUGAACGGGUCCGAGGCGCUCAGCGAGCCAAUGCUCUCGCCGCUGAGUCACCCCACCACCACUACUCAAGAGCAUCCGCGCCGCUAGCUGACGUCACAACGUAUCACAUCCGGUUUAAAUUUGAUACUUGAUUUCAGGAUGAAAAGAGACCCCAAACGCUCUGUUGGUAAAUGCAGGAAACGUUAUUAACUGAUGUAGGAAUCACUGAUUUCAGGUUGAAAACAGACAUAGAGCUCUCUAUCCAUCUCUGUCGGUACAUGUAGGAGACAUAAUCGACUGAUCGACUGAAAAACACGCGCAGCGAGUUUCAAAAUAUCAAAAUGCAAGUAUAUAAAAUAUAGAAGAGAAACUGAACAAGACGAAGAUCCUGCGAAAUGCUUCGUUUCACAACUGUAUAUGCUAGCUAAAGAACUUGCCAACAUGUACGAGAAUCCAGUGUCAAUGAAGGAUGUGGAUGAGAGAUCGUUUGAUUCUGCUACAACUUGUCACAUCUGUGAAGGACUGUUCAACGAGAAGGAUGUCAAAGUCCGAGAUCAUUGUCACCUUACGGGACUGUAAGUUAUUUAUUAUUAUGAUUAUUAUUAUUCUUUAUCUAAUAACUAUUCUACUUUUCCAGAUAUCGUGGAGCGGCUCAUAACAGUUGUAAUCUCAACUAUAAGGACUCGAGAACUAUUCCAGUUGUAUUCCACAACCUGAGCGGAUAUGAUUCGCACUUGUUCAUAAAGGAGCUUGCUAAUAACUUCAAGGGACGAGUCUCUAUUAUACCGCGAAAUAAAGAGAAGUACAUCUCCUUCACCAAGCAUAUUGAUGGAAUCGAAAUCAAUUUCAAGUUUAUUGAUUGGAAAUAGUCGAUAAAGAGUUCAAGAAGAAGUUUAUCAAUGUUCAGAUUGAUUUGCUUAGGAGGAAAGGCGUGUUACCCUAUGAUCACAUCAAUGAUAGCGAUAUAUCAGACGAGGACUACAACCAUGCUCAAAUUAUCUAGAAUGCUUUCAACAUCAAAACUCUUGGCCAGUACUCAAAACUCUAUCUGAAGACUGACGUACUUCUCCUCGCCAAUGUGUUUGAAGACUUCAGAUCCAAGUGUCUCCAUACCUAUGAGCUAGAUCCUGCUCAUUACUAUACCACCCCCGGAUUUACAUGGGAUGCCAUGUUAAAGUAUACUGGCAUCAAGCUCCAGCUGUUAACUGACAUAGACAUGCUGCUAUGAUAUCAACAACCUAUACGGAUGGUAAGUUCAUAUUGAAAUAAUGAUAUACUAAUAAAUCCUAUAUUUCUAGGGCCAUGACACAAUUCCUGCCAUGUGAUGGCUUCAAGUGGGUAGAAGACCUGAAUUGUGACUUCUUCAAUGUUCCCGAUGAUGCUUCUGUAGGAUACAUCUUGGAAGUAGAUCUGGAGUAUCCAGAAAGUCUCCAUGAUGCUCACAAGGACUUUCGACUCUGUCCAGAGCAUGCUGCACCUCCAGGCUCAAACCAAGAAAAGCUGCUAACCCCUCUAAAUAGUAAGGAGCGGUAUGUCCUGCAUUACGUCGCUCUCAAGCACGGGCUUCGAUUGAAGCAUAUCUAUCGCGCACUCCAGUUCAACCAGAAGCCAUGGUUGAAGCCAUACAUUGACCUGAACAGCGAGAUGAGGAAGAAUGCGAAGAAUGAGUUCGAGAAGAUGCUCUUCAAACUCUUCAACAACGCAGUGUAUGGUAAGACCAUGGAAAAUGAGCGCAAGAGAGUCGACGUGAUGCUGGUAAACAAGUGGGAAGGUCGCUACGGCUGUGAGGCAUACAUUGCUCAGCCCAACUUCCACAGCUGUGCGAUUUUCGACGAGAAUCUCGUGGCCGUCCAGCUUGCCCGAACCGAGAUCUCAGUCCGCAAGCCGAUCUACAUCGGAUUGACAGUACUGGACUUGUCAAAGAGUCUUGUUUACCGCUUCCCCUAUGAGUACAUGCAGAAACGGGUGGGAGAGAAGGCCAAGCUCCUCUACACAGACACAGACAGUCUCAUCUAUGAAGUAAGCGUUGUAGAUAUGUACGCUGUGAUGAAGACUGAUCUUCAUGAGUUUGUUGGCUUCCGUAGCGAGAUGUACUCCGUUAAGGUACAAGGACAGCAACCUAUCAAGAAGACAAAGGGUGUGAAGCCGUCAGUCGUCAAGUCAACCAUUGAGUUUGACGACUACAUCCAUUGUCUUUGAGAGAAGGCAACGAUCUCCCGACAACAAAAGAACAUCCGCAGCCGCCUCCACGUUAUCAGGACCGAGAAGGAGCAUAAGAUCGUUCUGAGUUCACUUGACGAUAAGCGAUACCUCAUCCCCGGUCAGACGGAUACUCUACCGUGGGGUCAUCACAUGAUUGGUGGAUAUCAGCUUAUCGAGGAAGAUGAGCCAUCUGCGAAGAGAGUCAGAUUACAUUAGAUCACAGCUCUACUGCGCAGACUCCCUGCCGAACAAUCCGAUGUGUGAGCCGCCGUCACCGCUGGUAGUAGUGGUGGGGAAGACUAUACUUAAGGAAGCCCAACGCUCUCGAAAUCAUUCUCGAUCAACGAGCUAAAGAGGAAACACCUCAAAGAUGGACGCUAUCAACAAGAUUGCCAGCGGAGGAUUCCUUCCCACGAAGAAGAUGUCUGAGCUACAGACCGGACAGAAGCGUAUGGUGACAUCUCUACGUCCAGUCAAAACCAGAUAUGGACUGAGAAUUUUGGCUACUCUAGACGAUGAUUGUCAGGUGUUACUCCCUUCCCGUGUAUCAGCUGCAUUGGAGAAGGACAAAGAGACCUUUGAGAGUAUGUCUAGUCAAGCCAAGGAGAUGAAGCUGUCCCUGACCUCAAAAGGCGAAAAUAACAUUGAAUUUUGUAUUGUCUAAAUGUUAACCAUUGUAAAUAAUUGUUUGAAUAAAUAAAGGAAGUUAAUGGAGAGAUAGUUAACUAUGGUUGUAUCUCA